CAUCAUCACCUCCUCAUCAUCAGCGACGGCGGCAGCAGCAGCAGCAGUAGUAGGGCCCGCCCCGGCCUGUGACCGCCCCUUAUCCCCCUCAGUGUACACACACAUCCUCCUCACCCAGAUUAUUCAUCUCAAUAUUUAUAUCCCCCCAGCACGCAGCGGGCGGCAGCAGCUGUAGCGCCCGUACCCAGCGCCCGGGGAGCCGCACGAGUGGGACAGGAGCACGGCGCGGGAAGCAGCCGCCAGAGAGAGGGAGACACCGAGGAGUGCUGAGCUCGGCCCGCUCCCCCGCUCCUGCCUGCAUGUAUUUACUGACCGACGGCUCCCGCUCAGCGCCUAACUCCAGCCAGCAGCAGCCAGGCCCGGCCGGAGAGCAGCAGCAGCCGCCGCCAGUGAGCCCGUACUCGGAGGCGCUGAAUGCAGACUAACAGGGAUGCCCAAAGAAAAAUAUGACCCUCCUGAUCCUCGUAGAAUUUAUACCAUCAUGUCUGCAGAAGAAGUUGCUAACGGCAAGAAGUCUCACUGGGACGAAUUGGAGAUUUCUGGCCGGGUGCGGAGCUUAAGCACAUCGCUCUGGUCACUGACUCACCUGACAGUGUUGCACCUCAGUGACAACAACCUCUCUCGUAUCCCAUCUGAUAUUGCCAAGCUCCAUAAUCUAGUUUACUUGGAUCUUUCAUCCAAUAAACUCAGAAGUUUACCAGCAGAGCUAGGGAACGUAGUUUCUCUCAGGGAAUUGCUUUUAAAUAACAAUCUGUUACGGGUUUUACCUUAUGAACUGGGGCGACUGUUCAGGCUUCAGACCCUUGGGUUAAAAGGCAAUCCUUUGUCACAGGAUAUUCUUAGUCUGUACCAGGAGCCAGAUGGGAUCCGAAAGCUACUGAACUACAUGCUUGACAAUCUAGCAGUUCAUCCAGAACAGCUUCCUCAGAGACCAUGGAUUACAUUAAAAGAACGAGACCAAAUUCUCCCCUCAGUUUCCUUCACAGUAAUGUGCUACAACGUACUGUGUGAUAAGUAUGCUACUCGGCAGCUUUACGGCUAUUGUCCUUCAUGGGCAUUAAACUGGGAGUAUCGGAAGAAAGGUAUCAUGGAGGAGAUAGUCAGCUGUGAUGCAGAUAUCAUUAGUCUUCAGGAAGUUGAAACCGAGCAAUACUAUACCCUUUUCCUGCCAGCAUUAAAGGAACGUGGAUAUGAUGGUUUCUUUUCUCCAAAAUCGCGUGCCAAAAUUAUGUCUGAUCAAGAGAAAAAGCACGUGGACGGGUGUGCAAUAUUUUUCAGAACCGAGAAAUUUACCAUUUUGGCAAAGCAUACUGUGGAAUUCAACCAGGUAGCAAUGGCUAACUCUGAGGGGUCAGAAGCCAUGCUGAACAGAGUAAUGACAAAGGAUAACAUCGGGGUGUCUGUUUUGCUAGAGGUCCACAAAGAUCUCCCUGGGGGAGGCAUGAAGCCCCAUCAUUCAGCAGACAAGCAGCUGCUCAUUGUAGCAAAUGCCCACAUGCAUUGGGACCCAGAGUACUCUGAUGUCAAGCUAAUCCAAACUAUGAUGUUUGUCUCUGAACUGAAAAGCAUUAUAGAAAAGGCUGCAAGCCGACCUGGCAGCCCUGCCCCUGAUCCAAAUUCCAUCCCAUUUGUAUUGUGUGCUGAUCUGAACUCCUUGCCUGAUUCAGGUGUGGUUGAGUAUUUGACAAAUGGAGGAGUAGCCGACAACCACAAGGAUUUCAAGGAGCUUCGAUACAAUGAGUGUCUCACUAACUUCAGCUGCAAUGGAAAGAACGGCACCCCGGAUGGAAGAAUCACACACGGCUUCCAGCUGAGGAGUGCCUAUGAAAACAACUUGAUGCCUUACACGAAUUACACCUUUGACUUCAAAGGUGUUAUUGAUUACAUCUUCUAUUCCAAGACUCACAUGAACGUUCUUGGCGUCCUUGGGCCUUUAGAUCCUCAAUGGAUGGCGGAGAACAACAUCAGUGGCUGCCCCCACCCCCAUAUCCCUUCUGACCACUUCUCACUGUUAACGCAGCUGGAACUCCACCCUCCACUUUUGCCUCUCAUCAAUGGGGUACACUUGCCAAGCAGGAGGUAGUGCUGGCUGUUGGCUGGGCACUUGUUUUCAUGGACCUGUACAGCUGUAAGAGUCUGUAGGAGUGAAGUUAUAGCCAACCUUAAGCUGCUUUUUCACGGCUCCUUCCCUUUUGUAAAAGCCGUGGUUCUGCGUUUUUAUUGCAGGGAGGCAAUAUUUGGCAUUAGGGCUGGUACAAAAUCUGUCCUCCUCCCAACUGUGUUUUUUUGUUUUAAACAUGCUAAAUAUUUUAUUUGCUACCUGCCCACUUUUUUUUUGUUCCUAGAAACAAGUUACCAUCAGCAAUUGACGACGGCUACAUACCAGUUGUACUUACACACCCAAUCAUAUUGCAUUUCCCUUUUUCUUAUGAGUAGCAAAAGUAAUCGCACCCAUUCUCUAUUUUGCCCAAGAAAAAAAUGAUUUACAAACUGUGAAGGAAAUUUUUACACCUGUUUUACUCCACCAAGGCUAUGUUAGCUUUUCUUAAUGUCAAGCACAAAUUAGCUUUUUUGAGUUUUUUCUUUUCUUCCCCCUUUCUCCAUGAAUGUAUUUAGGGGAAAGAUGAUUUAAAAGUCUAGAUCAAAUGUAUUUUUUUCCAUCACUUUCUUUUGGCUUGUAAAACAGUGACUCCUCAUCUCCACUGACUAUGAAGAGAACUAUUAAGUUUUAUGUGGGUUUGUCAGGCACCCAGUUAUGUGUAUCAUACUUUUUACCCUCAACCGAACCAGUGGUAGCCUAGAAAAUAUAGAUUUUUCUAUUGAACUUAGAGUCCAGUCUAUAAAUACUCCACCACUAUUGGCAGUCUUCUCCUCCCUUUUUUUCUUUUCUUUCUUUUCUUCCUAUUUGAUAGGAUGUUUGUUAGUGUAACUUGCAAUAAAACCCUGGAAACUGUCUAGAAGGUGGAGGUAUUGAAAUUGCUAGUGGUCUUUGUAUUGAGGCCAAAGAAAAGCUUGACAGUCUAACUUGUAACCAAAGAUGUCAUUUACUUCUGAUUACAGAUUUUUAUUCCUUAUUAAGCUUUCAGUUCCACCGCCACAACUUCUACAUCAUUUUGGCCUCAACAGUCCUAAAUGUCUUGUAUUCUCUUCACAGCCAGCAGGUUGAAGAGUUAAUGUCAACACACAUUUUCUUAGUUCUGUAAAAUGACCAAUCUUAAUGGGUGAGCACAGACCACACACCAUGCAUGGGUACUGCAGGCAAGCUUUCUGUAAAUACAGAUAUCUUCUAUUUUCAUCCAUCACCUCUGUCUCCAGAU